AUGGCCAUCCAUCCUACCAGUACCUCUUCGAGAGAACCAUUGUGCCGCUCGCCAGGUUUUCAGGGCUCUCCGCGACAACGAGACGAAUCUCUCACACCCUCGACACGAAAACAGCAUGCAGAUCGCAAGCUACAAGAGAUUGCGAACCAGCUCGACAAGAUGAUGCAUAAUCCCAGUAAGAAGGUGGCCAUGGAUCAUUUUCCUGGUCUCGAGAUUGAGAAACCGAAUGUCGCGAAACCAAAGACCUGCUUUCGACCCUCCUCCCUCGACCACUAUGCUGAAACACAUGUUUACGAUGGGACGGUGUUCAUUGGUCCUGGCCACGAAGGCCUCCCCAAGAGGCACCUGGAGACGCCAGGAGUGGACGAAGCUCUGGCGUCUUUGCGUGGAACGGCGAUCAAAUCUGGAAUUGUGGCGGACCAGACGGGUUUUGGCAAAACAAGAAUGCUGCUCGCCUUCUUGACCUUUAUCGCUAAUUUCGCACCACAGGGCACAAUUCUGCUCAUGGCCCCUGCAAAUCUGCAGGUACAAUGGUCACAUGAGACUAUUGGCUUCAAAGGCUUCAAUCUUGUCAUCGCAUACGGCAGUCAGGAGUCGAUGCCCAAGGAUUUAAAGCGCUAUAUGCUCGAUCAGAAGCCAACUCAGCGGAAAGGCCCGUUCACUAUACCUCUCACCAGCAAGGUCGCUGGCUCACCAUCGAUUACGACACCAGAGAAACCUAAAGACAAGAAGAUGGAUAAGUCCACAUCAACCAAGAGAAAGACCACAGGAGACCCUCCAUCAGGAUCGCGAUCUGCUAAGUCAAUUACCUGGCAAUUCGGCAAUGAUGAGGACGCCGACGACGGCAACGUUUUGAAUGCUUUCGGCGACCUCCGCUCGGCUCCUGCAGAGGAAGUGUCGCUCUCAUUCGACACUGAACUGCCAGCCUUUGCGCCAGGAGAGUCUGGUGCACAGAGUGAUAUGUUCGAUGCUCCAGCUUUUGACGGAAGCGCGCAUGGUCAUGGCUCUGACGCCAGCUAUGGUCAUCCACCUAGGGCAAACCUCCCGAGACUGGAUCCUGGUUUCUCCACGCCCUCGAAGACCAGACAACCCUUCUUGAAGAACUUCGCGGACAGUCAUGCGCUGAUUGGCAGUGCCCUUGGUAUGGAUGCAGAGGAGCAGAACUCGGCAAAUCAGGCACCAAAGAUGUCAAAGACUCAAUGCAUUUCCUCAGCGACGAUAAGACAGUCUGCGAAGAUGACAAUUCAUCCAACGCAUCCCAGCUGUGUACCGACCGUCCGGCCACUCGAAGUCAAAUCGGUACACUUGAACUACAGCGCAAUCCAGGUUGCUGAAGAUCUACUGGAAAAGAUAUGGGCAGCAUGGAUAGUUCGGGUUCUGGAAUGCAAAUAG